AUGACAGAGACACUGCAGCAGCAGCAGCAACAGGCUGACACUGUUGCGUUUGCUGCUCCUGCUGCAGCAGCAGCAGCAGUAACUGCAGCAGCAGCAGCAGAAAUGCAAUGGCAGGGCGCCAGCUCCCGCUGCCGGAGCAACAGCACCGGCAGUACUGUGGACGCUGAGCAGCCAGAGCCGGAGCAGCAGCAGCAGCAGCAGCAGCAGCAGCAGCAGCAGCAGCAGCAGCAGCAGCGGCAGCGACAGCAGCAGGAGGAAGCUCUCGUUGCUGCUGCACUUCUGAAGGCCGCACAGCUGGUGCCUGCGUACUUGGGAAUCCCUGCUGCUGCUGCUGCUGCUGCUGCUUCGGACCCUGACUGCAGCAGCAGCAGCAGCAGCAGCAGCUACCAGCAGCAGCAGCUGCUGCAGCAGCUGCAGCAGCAACUCAAGGGAAGCCUCUUGAGAGGCGGAACCACCAACAGCAUUGGUUUGUGCGCAGGCCGCAAUACCUCUUUGUGGAUUGACCGGCAAAGGGAAAGCGCCGUGUUGAAGCUUUUGGCGAAGGGCGGUGGGGGUAAAACCAUUUUGGCAUCAUUCCAAGGAGGAGUCAUCGAGUCCUGGGUCCCGGGGGUUCCUCUAAACCCUGAGGGUUUGGAGGUUUUUGCAAAUGAAAUUGCUGCAGCACUUGGGCGUUUGCAUGCAGUGCAGCUGAGCCCUGCAGACCCCGACGUUAGCCUGAUAUGCGAGUUUGACUCUAACAGCAAAGCUGUUUCCUCGUUGUGGAAAAACAUCGAGAACUUGCUUGACAUGUGCCGCGCUGAAAGCGCAAGUGGAAAUUUCCGAAUUGAAGAAAACCUUGACGAGCUUGAAAACGCAAGUCUAGGGGGCAGCAGCCCCGCGGUCUUGUGCCACGGCGACCCUUUAGCUGGCAACAUUUUGAGAAUGGCAGAUGGGUCCAUUUGCUUCAUUGACUAUGAAUAUUCGGGAGUCAUGGAGAGGGCCUUUGACAUCGCCGGUCACUUCAUUGAAUAUGCAGGGUUUGAGUGCGAUUGGGGCCGCAUCCCCUCGCCUGCUGCCCAGAGGGCUUUCAUUCGGGUGUAUUUGCAGCAGCUGCAGCAGCAGCAGGCAGCAGCAGCAGCAGCAGCAGCAAACCCGGAGCCAGCUGCUGCAGCAGCAGCUGCUGCUGCAGCAGCUGCUGCUGCUGCUACUGCAGCAGACCUUGAUUGUCAAGUUGAGAAGCUGCUGGAAGAGAUUAAGCCGUUUUUUGCUGUCGCCCAUUUGUACUGGGGCUUAUGGGCUUCGCUACAGGCGAAGCACUCGGUAGUGGAAUUUGACUUUGCAGAGUAG